AGCAUCCGAGUGGGACGUGACAUCUGCCCACUCUGUUUGAACGACGGGCAGGAUCUCAGCCUGAGAGGGGUCAGCAUCCUCCUCCCCCAAAAUGCAUCACCUUUACGUCUCCUUUCCCACCCUGGGAUUCCCUCUGACCCCCUUUCCUUUCUCUGUUGCAGCAUUCUGUGUCUGGCUGACUCUGCUGGGAGCUGAAACCCAGAACUCCAAGGACUGUGCCCGGUGGUGCCCUGAGAACUCCUCGUGUGUCAGCGCCACCGCCUGCCGCUGCAAUCCAGGGUUCAGCUCUUCAUCUGAGAUCUUCACGUCCCCCACGGAGAUUUGUGACGACAUCAAUGAGUGUGUGCCACCAUCGAAAGUGUCUUGCGGAAAAUCCUCGUACUGCAGGAACACAAGGGGGAGCUACGACUGCGUGUGCAACCCGGGGUAUGAGCUUGUUUCUGGGGCAAAAACAUUCAAGAAUGAGAGCGAGAACUCGUGUCAAGGUAAGAACCACCCCACAUCCUCCAUCACCACUGUCCAUGAGGUUUGGGGUCACCAGAGCUGUUUCUGCAGCAUCAGGGAGCAGGUGCCCAAGUGUAGGUUCAGUUCCUGGACGGGAGCUAGUUGGGCAGGGCAGGGAGUUUCAGGCAUCUGCAAGGCCAGAAGGGAACCAGUAACAGGUGGGCAGAGAAGGGAGGUUCAUACAGAGUACACAGAGUGGGAAGGGAAGCCCCCAAAUCAUUUCUUUUCUAACAACGAGCAGCCUGAAAAAUCAAGCUGCAGACAUAGAGAAGCAAGCUGGAAGCAGGCACAGGUGAAUGCCAGCAGCUGUGCUAAUAGGAAAAGGCUACCUGGGGGCCAGGCAUGUUCAACACGGAAGCUCCCUCUUCUCUUACCUUCGUCAACCACGUGUACAGUACAGAAGCAGGCAACAUGGAACCAGCCAGAAUUUUCCCUGGAGGUGCUGAAGCAAGUAGACAGGAAUGUCACGUUGAGACAGAAUCAGGCAACGAUGCAGCUGGACUGGAAUCUGGCACAGAAAUCUGGUGACCCAGGGAUGGGCAAGUUGCUGGCUGAGGCCCCCCUGGUCUCGGAGCCUGAGAAUCAGGUGGUUCGGAAUGAGACACACCAGGGCUUGCUCCCCAUCCUGCUCUCAGAUGUCAUCUCUGCCUUUCUGAGCAACAACGACACCCAAAACCUCAGCUCCCCAGUUACCUUCACUUUCUCCCACCGUUCGGUCAUACCAAGACGGAAGGUGCUCUGUGUCUUCUGGGAGCAUGGCCAGAAUGGAUGUGGUCAUUGGGCCACCACAGGCUGCAGCACGAUGGGCACCAGAGAUACCAGCACCAUCUGCCGUUGCACCCACCUGAGCAGCUUUGCCGUCCUCAUGUGCCCCUACGAUGUACAGGAGGAGGAUCCUGUGCUGACUGUCAUCACCUACAUGGGGCUGAGCCUGUCUCUGCUGUGCCUCCUCCUGGCAGCCCUCACCUUCCUCCUGUGUAAAGCCAUCCAGAACACCAGCACCUCGCUGCAUCUGCAGCUCUCGCUCUGCCUCCUCCUGGCCCACCUCCUCUUCCUCGUGGCAAUUGAUCGAACCGAACAUGAGGUGCUGUGCGCCAUCAUCGCCGGUGCCUUGCAUUAUCUCUACCUGGCCGCCUUCACCUGGAUGCUGCUGGAGGCCCUGUACCUCUUCCUCACUGCACGGAACCUGAUGGUGGUCAACUACUCAAGCAUCAACAGAUUCACGAAGAAGCUCAUGUUCCCUGUGGGCUAUGGAGUCCCAGCUGUGAUAGUGGCCAUUUCUGCAGCCUCCAGGCCUCACCUUUAUGGAACACCUUCCCGCUGCUGGCUCCAACCAGAAAAGGGAUUUAUAUGGGGCUUCCUUGGACCUGUCUGUGCCAUCUUCUCUUACUCCUCCUCCCUCAAUAAUGAAAGUGUCCACCAACCUCCAGAUACAACAAGCCUUGAUUCUGUUUCUCUGGGUGCAUCACCAGCCUCCUUUCUUAUUCAAUGCAGGAUGCUGGCAUUUAAAGCGACAAUUCAGCUGUUCAUCCUGGGCUGCACGUGGUGUCUGGGCAUCUUGCAGGUGGGUCCGGCUGCUCGGGUCAUGGCCUACCUCUUCACCAUCAUCAACAGCCUGCAGGGCGUCUUCAUCUUCCUGGUGUACUGCCUCCUCAGCCAGCAGGUCCGGGAGCAAUACAGGAAAUGGUCCAAAGGGUUCAGGAAAUUGAGAACUGAGUCUGAGAUGCACACACUCUCCAGCAGUGCGAAGGCUGACACCCCCAAACCCAGCACGGUAAGAUCACGCAUUGCUCCAGAGCAUUUCACUAACCGACCCACCUGAGGAGCAUGUGCCUAUCACACAAGGAAACCUGGGAAUACAGCAGGCAAUGCCCUAGACAGGCUCACAUCUGAGUAUGC